UCUUGCCAUUUCGGUUGUUGCAUUUCACAGGGAUCCUGUUUCAUAAAUUUAGCCGCAGGUUUUCUGCCUCUGUGUGUGUGUGUGUUUCUUUCUUUCUUUUAAAGCACUUGGGAAACUUUAGCAUCCAGAUUGCAGCCUGCUGCAUUCCACUCUUUCUCUCUCUUUCUCAUCCAUCAUGUUGCAAACCCUGCUGCUCUGCUUGCUUGCUCUCCUCUGCCUGGGAAGUUUGCUCCGUCCAGGUUUGGGCUGUCAGCUGCCCUCGGACUGGAGACCCCUGAGCGAAAGCUGUCGGGCUGAGCUGGCAGAAAUCAUCGUCUAUGCCAAGGUUUUGGCCCUGCACCAGGAUAUGUACAGCAUGUACAACUACUUGCCCUGGCAGUACGAAGCUACCGAUGGAGGGCUCUUUUACUCAGCCGAGAUUGAGAUGUUAUGCGACCAGGCCUGGGGAAGCAUGCUGGAAGUCCCUGCUGGGUCCAGGCUGAAUUUGACAGGGCUGGGGUAUUUCUCUUGCCAUUCUCACACCGUCAUGCAGGAUUAUGCUUACUUCUUCUUCCUCAGAAUGGAUGAAAAUUAUAACCUCCUUCCACACGGAGUCAAUUUCCAAGAUGCCAUAUUUCCCGAUACCCAGGAAAACAGGCGGAUGUUUUCCAGUCUCUUCCAGUUUUCCAACUGCACUCAAGGGCAACAUGCUAUAAGUUUCUCCAGUGACUGGGAGAUACAAGAGGAUAACAGGCUCAUGUGUUCUUCAAUCCAGAAGGCCUUGUUUGAUGAGGAAGAUCAUGUGAAGAAGCUCCAGCAAAAAGUCGCAACUUUGGAAAAGCGCAACAAGCAGCUCAGAGACCGGGUGAAGAAAGUCAAGAGGUCCCUAAGGCAAGCCCGAAAGAACACUCGGCACAUAGAACUGAUCAACCGAAAGCUGAGCGAGAAGCUGUCCUCUGUCGGCAGCCAGGGCCCGCACAUCAACUCCUUCAAGCAAGCCAACUCUCACGCCACCUAUCUUAAAGUAUAAUGCCUUGUUGGGUUCAGCAGGGGGGGAAAAAGUGCUGUUGACUUUGUGGUCUGCACUUUUCCUCCUUAUUUGAUCUUGCAAUCAGAAAGAGGCACAAUAAUGUCAAGAUCCUUUGGACUAUUUGAAUGGACACAAAAUCUGCCUUUCUGUUCGACAUAAACUCAAAUGGAAAAAGUCCAAAUUAAUGUUCACUUGAGGUCAAUGUGGACAGCGAUCAAUUACUUUCCAAUAGCCACCUCUCCUUUUUAAAAGGUCAGUUUGAGGCAUAAUUGAACUUGGCUUUGAGAACAGAUAAAGCUGCUUGAAUCUGAGCCCAGGAAUUCAUCUCAGAGGGCCCAAAGGCACAAUGUUGCUUUAGCAAGUACCUAAAGCUGAACAUGUGCCUGAAUGGAAGAAUAUCAAUGAGAAAGCUGGUGCUGGGGCUCUCAUGGAAGGGCUGUGUUUGAGAAUGCAAUGUGGGUUCUAUUUUGACCAUUUUUAGAUGUCUCGAGCUGGAGGCGGCCCAUGUUCAAAUCUGUUUUCCAACCAAAGAUGCCAAGGUUCCAAUAUGUUCCUCUGCUUCCUCAUCCCCAGGGAUUCCAAUGAAAAAUUAAAAUGCAAGCUCUCCAUGUCAUCUCAAUAUUUCCAGAAUGCAAUCCAGAUAUAUUUUAAAUGCACUUAUUGAGGCGAGCAACGUCUUAAAUAAAAUCACCCUCCCACCCGUGAUUCCCCUCCCCCUCUUAAGUUUAUAUUGUAACCCUUCAGGCUAAAAUUAUAAAUUGGUUUAUGAUUGCUGGUAGAAGUUGCAAUGAUAAAAUCUGCCCAGUCCUUCUAGUCACUUUAACAAUUAACAUUUUCAACUCUCAAAAUAAAGAACAUGUGUUUGUUGGAAAUAUGGCAUCUAGUUGCUCUUUUGGUCUUCCCAACUAUUUUAUUUUUUGUGAAGCUUAGCAUCAGUGCUAUCUGGCAUUGCUAAGAUUAGAUGUUUACAUAUUUAAAUAAAGGUACACCACCCAUGGGGAAACCUCUUUUAAGAAUGUGGAAAAGUUACUUCUUGGAUUACAACUCCAUGAUGGCUGAGAGAUUAUAGUUCAUUCCCCCAUGCAAUUUCCCCAAGAUUCUCUUCCUUUUCAAUCUGGUUUAUACAUCAAGUCUGACAAUGUCCCUUGCCCUAGAUCAGAGUUUCUCAAGCUGUGCUCUUCCAGAUGUUUAGGACUUAAGCGAGAGUUGUUAAUCAGCCAAAAAGCUCUGAUUUGAAAUAGAUAUGAGUUAGCUGUACUCCUUCAAGCCAGAAGCACAAUGAGCUGCAGGCAAUCUCUUGUGAAGAAUGCACCAAUUUAAAUAAGUGAUUAGUGCCAGACAAAAUGCUGCAUUGCUCUUUCAAACGUUCUGAGUCUGUGAUGGAGGCUGUAUCUCCUAUUUCACUUGUCCCUUCACUAACCCUCCACUCUUAUCUGUUGUAGCAACCUUGAUAACUCUGGUUAGCCUGGUUGGGCAGGUAUACUGCCAUAAACUAGUAGUUGUUGCACCUCAGAAUAGUUCACCUUGCUAUAGACACCAAUCGCACACAGGAGAUUGUCUUUUAUAGUUUUAUUGAGCAAAAGCAAAUAUAAAUCAAAGCAAGCAAUAAAAAAGUAAAUAGAAAUCCAAUAGUUCGUAAGCCAUAAUAAUCCACAAGUCCAUUAGCCAAAACAGUAAACGAUAGAUCCCAAAGAACAAAGGCACAAGGUUUCAAAGAUCCAGGAACAGAAAUCUUCUCUAGGCAUGAAGCAGAAACAUCCACUCAGAUGAAGCGAGAAUUUGCUUUGACAAAAAUCUAUUCCCCAACACACACUUUUAAAAGCACCCUAGAAAGGCAUUUCUCUUUCCUGUGGAGGCCUCUCGCUUACUCGCCAAUCUCACACUCCUACGAGGGUGAACUCCUUUCCAUAACAGCCGGUCCGCCCUAGAUAAUUCAAGGUCUUCAUUAUCUAGCACCUGAACUGGGGCUUGAGACGUCUCCUGCUCAUUAAUUCCCAUGGGAAUGUCAUGUUGGCUGUUAUCUAUGAUCUGUGGGGUCAACAGUUCAUCCUGCUCAAGCUGCAGUUCUGGAGCCUCUGAAUCAGCCUGUAUGAUUCCCAUGCCAUCCUCCUGAAAUUCCCUCAUCCUGCAUCCCCUCAUCUAGCACUUGUAUCUGAAAUCCAGAAUCCCCUUCUUCAUCCUCACUCUGACUAUGCUGUGGCUGAGUCACAACAGUAGUGAUCAUCAUACCAUCAUAGGCUAUCACUUGUGGCUAUGACUGCCUUCCAAGUGUAGGGUUUUGGUGGUGGGUCUGAAGGUAAAGACUUAUUCUUGAUCCUCAUAUUCUUUCAUAGUGAGGACAUUGAUUUUGAGAUGGAAGGCGGUCCUGACCAGGGUUGGCUUGAUGUGCCUUCCUCUUGUCACAUUUCUCCCUUUCUCCCUCCAUUCGUGCCUCUUCGAAUUCCCCAGCACUGUUGAUCACAGCUGACCUCCAGUUAGAACACUCGAGGGCCAGGGCUUCCCAGUUCUCAAUGUCUAUGCCACAGUUUUUAAAGUUAGCUUUAAGUCCAUCUUUAAAUUUCUUUUUCUGUCCACCAACAUUUUCCAUUCUUGAGUUGAGAGUAGAGUAACUGGUUUGGGAGAUGGUGAUCGGGCCUUCAGACAACGUGACUAGUCCAUCAAAGUUGAUGGUGGAGGAUCAUUGCUUCAAUGCUGGUGAUAUUUGCUUCUUCCAGAAUGCUGACAUUUGUCCGCCAGUCUUCCCAAGAGAUUUGCAGGAGGCAACACUGAUGGAAUCGUUCUAGAAGUUGAGUGUGACGUUUGUAGACAGGCCAUGUUUCACAAGUGUAUAACAAGCCUGUUAUAAACUAGGCGUGCGAUGUUGUAACUGUUUGGUAUUUAUUUAUAUUUGGAAUCAUGGCAUCAUAUUAAAAUCCAGACAGCCAUACUGAGGGAUGGAGUUCCGGGGUGCUGAGAAGUGGGAUGCUAAAGGAUGAUGCAUCUGGUUUUAUCUCACUGGUGACCUGUGGUGUGAUGAGGAGUUGCACCAUUAUUGCUGGUGUGAGAGGGUUGGAGGUAUCAUUGCCAACUCUACAGAAUGUUAUUAUCUGAGUAUGGUUGUCUGGGUGUUAAGGCGAGUUUGGAGGGUCCGGUUGGGAGAUGGAGCAUAGCUGUGACAUCAUUGUUAUGCGUCCAGUGCGGGACCCACACCUCAAUUUUUAUCAUUCAGAUAGUGGAAUGAUGGGUGAGGUUUAGACUGCACCCUUGCAAAUCGUUUUGCAUCCAUAUGUGAACAUGUAUUUCAAUCCAGGUUGUGUCAAAGCCAUGAAGGCACAAUUAUGUUCUAUAACUUUAAUACCAAUAUCAUCAGGCAUGAUAAAGAAAUCAGGCAUUAAAGUGGAUUAUAUCUGUAUAUAUUUUUAAAUCCUAUAGAAAAUAUUUUAUAUAUUUGCUUUUGUCACAUUUAAUAAAGUAUGACAUGAUCUUUGAUUUUGUUUCAAAUGAAAAUUGUAAACACUUCUGUAUGUUUUCUUGGUUAGGCUAUUGCUUUUUCAGUCGGCAGUCUGGACUAAGAACAAAUCAUGUUACUAAAUAAAUGGAUUUGGAUUACAGUAAUAUGGCUGAUAGUUGAUAAGAGUAUCAACUUUCUGUAUGUUUCUUCAAAACACAGGGUGCAUUCCUUUUUAAACUGAUCUAAAUCAUAUGUCAUGAAAAGGUUGGGGAAAACCCCCAAAGGAUGCUGCUCUGAACAUUUCCUCCUUUCAAAUACGAGGUUGAAUGAAAAGUAAUGCCUCCACCUUCAUAACUUGUAUUUGGAUGGGAAUAUUUUAAUAAAUCAAAUGCAGAAAUAAUCCUUAGAAUGUGUUCUUUAACUAUCACUAUUCUCUUUUCCACAUAAUCCCCAGACAAUUGGAUACAUUUCUGUCAAUGAUAAACACGCAUUCUGAAGCCGUCACAGAAGAAGUUGACACUCUGCUUCUGCAACCAGCAUCUCACAGUAUCCAUCGUGCACAGAUCUUCCGAUAGCCAAGCAAAGCAAUAAUGUGACCCACACGUUCUUGUGAAAUGCCAUUAUGCUUGAAAUUUCUCUCUGAGUGAUACAACAAUCGUCCUGAAUCAUUCUGUCAACCUUUUGCUUGUGAAACCUGGUGGUUGCUGUCACAGGACAUCCAACUCUUUGUUGGUCAUGCAAGCCAGAUGUCCUCACUUUAACAUCUUUAAACUUACUCGCCCAAUGACACACAGUAGUCACAUCAACACAAUCACCAUAAACAGUUUGCAUUCUCUGAUUAAUCUCCUUUGGGGUUUUUAAAAAAUAUAUAUUUUAUUGAUAUUAUCUCAUAUUUCAUGUUGUGAGUGUAUUGCACAUUUAAUACAAACAUUCAUACCUACACAUCAUUUAUCUCUUAUCACAUUUCUCAAUCAUCUUCCCAUCUAUAUUGUCUACUCACAUAUCUAAUAUAUCAUCAUUCUAUUCAUUCUUUUCCCCCUUCCCUCCCCCUCCCAAUCUCCUUUGGGUUACACCUUCUGCUGUCAAGAAUUCAGUGACUGCAUGUUGCUUAAGUAGCAUUGACCGACCGUCUGUGCAGGGUUCCAUACUUUGCACUUUAACAACACAGCUGUUCAAUGCUAAGGCUUCCCGCCAAAUGGAACUGUAGAGGAGAGUCUACUGAACAAGCCAGUACCUGCCGCAUACCAGUACUGCCAUCUGUUGAGGAGUUACGAAGGUGGAGGCAUUACUUUUCAUUCAACCCUCGUAUAUUGCUCAUAUAUUUGGUUACAAUCUAACGAACGCUAAGAGCUGCCACCUUUGGAUGUUCUUAGUACAAAGGCUUAUGGACUUGGCCCAGCCAAUGAUAAUAUCAACACUUUGCCAGUACUGUUAUUGAAUGACUCAUUUCCAGCUGCCUUUUUAUAUAGAACUGCAAUUAAUAAAGGCGAUUGAUCACCACA